GUGAAGGUCAUCUCAGGCAGUGUGUCACAUCAGAACGCCGGGAAUCAGAUUGGCCGCGCAUCGACCAUCUUCACGUUCAUAUUUUUGGCCAUCACCGCCGUGUCGCAAAUCAUUUGUCUAAACCGUGGACUGAAGGUGUACGACUCUACCCUUGUCGUGCCGGUGUUCUACGGUGUGUACACCGCUGCGGGUUUCCUCAACUCCUUGAUCUUCAACGACGAGGUCGACGCGUAUCAGCCAUGGACACUGUUCCUCAUCUUUGUGUCCAUGAUAAUCCUCAUCUCCGGUGUCGUCCUCUUGACCUACAAGAAGCCCGAGAAGAAACCCACAACCGCUGGCCCUCCUGGCGCCGUCGCCAUGUCAUCGCGGACACCGCGACGGGGCAACGGCCGGAAAAGCGACGACGACGACGAUAGCGAGCAGGACGCGCUCCGGGCUGGCGACGAGCCCGAGCCCGAGGAAGUGUGGCAGAUUGGCGACAUGAGCGACGACGAGGAUGGCGCACGGCCGCACAGUCCGCGCCCGACGCGCCAUCGCAGCGCCAGUGCGCGGUCGAGGGGCGAGGGUGAGGAGGCGCAGAUCCUUGGCGAGGAGGACGAGGAAGGCGGGCGUGACUCGACGUCGUCGGAUGCGACACUGGCGAGGACGGACAACCCACCGCCGUAUGCGGAUGACGAGUUUGGCGGGUGGGAGCAGGGGAAGCUGCGCGAGUGA